CGUUACACAAGUCAUCGAGAUACUGUCCGUGUCAGGUGAGACCUCCCAGUAAUCCCCAUUACAGCGCACAACGGUUCUUGUAACCGUCCGGCUUCAGUAUAACAUAUUUUCUAGUUAUUUUGUUCAAAUACGGUGCCCCAUCAUGGUACAAAUGGGUGCGGAAACGGCCACCGUUACCGAAGUGGAUAUGCUCCAAGACAUGCAUUUGAUGAAAAAUGCGGAAAAGCUACACGAAGCCCAAGAAGAUAACGACUCGGAGAACGAACGAACUUCGAAGCCGGCACCGCUGUCGUCCGACAAGCAACAGGAAAUCAUAUGGAGCAACGUGGUCCUCAUCACCCUCUUUCACUUGCUCGCCGUGGCCGCACUUUUCACCUACCUGUCCUCUACCAAACUCCCCACCAUUGUCUGGGGUGUUAUAAUCGGAGGUAUCGGAGGAUUUGGGGUGACUGGCGGAGCACACAGAUAUUUUACACACAGAUCGUUCAAGGCGAAAUUACCUCUGCAAAUAAUACUGAUGGCAUGUUACACGGUAUCCGGACAGAACUCAAUACCCGACUGGGUUCGAGAUCACCGGGUCCAUCACAAGUUCAGCGAGACCGACGCUGAUCCGCACAACGCCAACAGAGGGUUCUUCUUCUCCCACGUCGGCUGGCUGAUGCAACGCAAACAUCCCGAGGUAUAUCGCCGAGGCAAGACUGUCGACAUGUCCGACAUCACCAACGACCCUCUGGUGCAAUUUCACACAAAAUACUUUUUGCCGCUCAAGCUGUUGCUGUGUUUUGUGCUGCCCGUCAUAGUGCCGGUAUUGGCAUGGAACGAAAACUGGAUGGAAUCCAUCGCCAGCAUUGGAGUGGUACGGUACGUUCUGAAUUUGAACUUCACGUGGUCCGUCAACAGCGUGGCUCACAUAUGGGGAAACAAACCGUACGACAAGCGCAUCCAACCUGUGCAGAACUUGGCAGUGUCUAUUGUGGCCAUGGGCGAGGGAUGGCAUAACUACCAUCACGUGUUCCCCUGGGACUACAGAGCCGCCGAAUUGGGUGGCUACAUGUUGAACACGACGACCAUGUGGCUGGACUUCUUCGCUUGGCUGGGUUGGGCGUACGAUCGGAAAUCGCCGUCCCCACAACUCGUCCAACAAGUAGCAUUGAACCACGGCGACGGUAGUUGGCACGAAUACGAGCCCACGCGUGAUAAGACUUUAUGAAAAAAAAACUCAACUCAAAAUCAUCUAAAACGUUGCCCCGGGUCAAACAACCACAUUGAUCCACAAAAGAAAAUCGCUUUCCUGAAUCGCUGAAAACGACACUACAUUGUAAAAUUAAUAAGAGAAAUUUCGUAAUGUAACUGUUUUACGGUUUUCUUUUGAGCGAGGUUUUUUUCAGCGUUUGUACAUAUAUUAACAAACAAUCCCCCUUCCGGAUUUUUUUAAACUCCGGGUAACCCUCUUGAGGGUAGACAUUGAUCACGCUAGGCAGGGCGUACAUGUUUUAAUUUAGACUUUCUGUUUAAUAAAUUAUGUAUUAUAGUAAAAAAAAAAAAUAUAUAUAUACUAAUAUAAUGAUAUGUUAAGUGUACUUAGUUAAUGUUCUGAAUGCACAGAUUUAAGAUCAAAAACUGGGUGUGAUAUAUUUUACUCUGUUAAUUAAAACCAUUAUUAUGUUUAAUGUUAAUUAUCAGUACAACUAUCUACGUGGAAUGUGAGAUAGUAAUGUACUUGGACUAGUAUAAUACUAGUGUAAUAGUAUUAUGUAAACAAAAAAAUUGUUACUAUAUUAU